AUGACAUCUUCAUUCACCUCAACUCAUUCUCAACAAUUCAUCAAGUCUAGUCUCAUCAUCAACAAAAUCAAACAUCAAUCUUCUUCAUCAUCAAAUCUAAAGAUCAUCAAUUCAAUUCAAUCUAAACUUCGAUCACAUUCAAAAAAAUCAAAUCAUCAUCAAUUCUAUACUUCAACCUUAUCAAAACAUCUCUCAAUUCAUGCUACAACAUAUCCAUCAUCUCCUUCUAGUUCAUCAGUGCAGUCUCAUCAGCAAAAUACCGCUUCUUCCUCUUCCUCAUCAUCCUCUUCCUGGUGGCAGCAGUCCUCCCAUCAGUCAGACUAUAAUGAGUCAUAUGGAACUUCUCAAUCAAACAGCGCUCAAUCUCAUCUAGUUUCCAGGCCUAAUCAACUCUUAAGCCGACAAAAAGCUCAGAUCGUCUUUCGUCAACACCUUCGUCAUCAUCCUGAUCCAAUCAACACCCUUCUGAUCCCACACGAACAUGGUGGUCUCCUCUCGAUUUGUGAUACAAUUUGGUCCCAUCUUCAACCUGGAGAAAACCUCGAACACGUGAUCGAAUUACAGAGACUUUCCAUUUCGGAUCUCUUCCUCUAUGCCCAAUCCCGUCAAACGCAUCUUCAACCUAAACAAGCUCAAAGACUCAUCCAAGAUAUCCUCAAAUUACUCAUCACUAGCGAUCUCUCCCCCAAGAUCUUGACCACUCUCGGUCUUGAUCCGAUCAAAGGAUGGAGAAACAUGGUUCGAGAACCCGUUCGGAUCUUCAUGCUCAAUCAAUUCCUCAAACUCUUAAACUCUCUCGAUCUGCCUCCCUCAGACUGGUGGGAAUCACAAUUUCUAUCACUCUCUGAAGCUCAGCUUAAUCAUUCAUUCAAUCUUCAGCAACUCGAAAGAUUAGGUCUCACAAUCAUCACUGCACUCUCUAAACAAGGUUCAUCCUAUCAAGCCUUACGACUCUUUCGAACCCUGCAUCUUCUUUUGCCACCUAUCCCAAGUCACCCCUUUCUCUCGGAUGAUGGAGAUCCUUCAAACCCAACAUCUUCAAUCUGUAAAGCUGCCACUGGUCUCAUUCUUGCUGAAGCGCUCUUUGCUAAGAAACGGAUUGACGAAGCCGAUGAAGUCAUACGUAAACUACCACGCAAUUCUUCUCACGGCUUAAUCCAUCAGAGAUAUCUUCUGACUGCGUUAUCAAUUAAAUCGGUCAUUGGUGAUCUUGAAGCUGUCGACUUACUUGGAAAGGAUUACAUGAAAGUAUGGAAUGCUGAGGAUUUGAGAGAAGUCAAUGCUCGAAAUCAACGUCGAAGGACACUUCAACGUCAACCUGCUUCACUUACCUAUGCACGAGCCAGAAUUCAAGCCCUAAGCGUGAAUGGAAAGCUGAAUGAAGCAGAAGAACUUUUCAGACUCACGAUUGAACAGACUGAUAAACUUCAAUCCUUGACGUCGUUUCAUGAAUAUGGUCUAGCCGAUCUUUAUGCAGAGAUGAUGAAAGCUCAUGUUGAAGUAGAUGGUUUAGAAGCAGCACACGUUCUACUAGACGAAUUGCUUUUGAACCGACCUCGGAUAGUGGAUCAAAGGCAUUUCAACCUCCUACUUCAAGGUUAUGCUACUCGAACAGAUCUAUCGGGUUGUAUCAAGAUACUGGAAGAGAUGAUUCAGAGAAAGGUUUCAGCGGAUUUACAUCUAUAUGGAAAUCUAUGUUUGAUGUUUUCAAACGUUCAUGAACCUGCCUCAGUCUUGAGAGUGAUUGAGAUCGUGAUGGAAAGAGGAUGGGCUCCGAGUCGAGAGUUGUGGAACAUCUUACUGGAUUGUUACGUCGAAGGCGGUGAUUGGUUGAGAGCAUCUAAAUUAUUGGCUUUCGUUGAAUCCGAGGAUCGGAGGAGACAGAAAGAACCAGAUGCUGUGACGAAGGGAAUUGUAUUGAAGGCUCUAGUCUUGUCAGGUGCACCGACUGAUGAAGUGGUUGAAACUUUCAAAGCAAUGUAUAACGAACGUACAGGUGGUGGUUUAGCUGAUACACGAGCUUAUACACUCUUACUGCAAUCUGUUUGUGAUUCAGGUAUGAUGGACUUGGCAGAAGCUAUCUUUUUCAGUCUGAAAGAACACGCCCCUGCAGGAGUGGAGCCCAAUGUAUUUAUGUAUGGUAUCAUGAUCUGUGCUUUCUUGAGGCUGGGGAAGAAGUCAUUGGCUCAAUUUUAUUUUCAAGAUAUGCGACAAUACGGACUCCGGCCUAAUUCAAUCAUCUAUUCGAUGAUCACUGCUGCUUAUGCUCGAUCAUCUGGCUCACCUACACCUUCUCCCAACACGCCUCUCGAUGAUACCUCCCAGACCACCCCAACUCUAGAUGAGGAGCCGGCAAGUGGACUAGCAAAGGAUGGCGUCAGUCUAGCACGAGAGAUGGUAGAAAAAUUUAAGCGAGAGAUGGCGGCUGAUGGACUGUCACUCGAAACUGAGCAAGACACCAAGCUAGGCGAGACCCAAGAUCUCGGACUGACCCGAUCAUCACCUCAAUCACAUCGACGUCGUAGGCGAUUAGUAGCUUAUGACAUGCCAUCUGUUCGUCAACAAGCUUCACAUCGUCUUCUUGCACCUAUCAUUCAAUCUUAUGUGAAAUUAGCUAGACCAGCUAAAGCUUUAGAAGUAGUUAAAGAGUUGGUGGAAAGUCUUGAAAAUGAAACAAAAGGAUCUCGUAAGAAAGGCAGAGGAUUGAUUGAGUUGGAUGUAUAUACGAUGUUAUUAGAUGGCUAUAGACGAGCAAAUGAUCCGAUGGGAGUGAUGGAGAUCUGGGAAAGGAUCUUUAAAGAGGCCAAAGCAACAAGUGAAGAUGAUCGGCUUAGGUCAAUACUGAUGGAGAAGACUUUGAAGUUAUCGGGACUUGUUCCAUCGAUCAUCCAAAGUGGCAAAGGAGAAAAUCCGAGUCAAACGAAGAGUUACAAGCUUUGUUUACCUUUAUCAAUUUAUACUGAUUCGCUCUCGAGUCAUGGAUUUCAUCAAGAGUUGAGAUCAACUUGGGAAUCGGUUCAAGAAGCUGGUUUUGCAUUUGAUCCUGCUAACUUUAAUCAUCUUUGUUUGGCAAGUUUCAAAUCAGGAAACCCUAGAUUAGCUUGGGAGAUUGUAGAGUAUGUUUUAUUGAUAGAUGAACAGGGUGAAGGAGGAGGAGAAGUUGAGAGUUUAGUAAAAGAAGAAGAAAAGCAAGAAUUUGGAGGAUGGUCAAAUGAAAGUUCUUCAAGAGAUCAUUGGCCCAAUUUUUUACGUGCUAGUGUGAGUAGAAGAAGAGCGAUGAAACCAUUGCCUAUCUCAUCAUCAUCAUCAUCAUCAUCAUCAUUUUUUAAAGGAAGUGGGAUUGAAGAAACAGGACUUGUAAGAGCAGAUGAAACUGAUGGACCAGUUAGACCACCUAAUCGAACGUCUUUACGUAAAACACAAAGAUUUGAUGAUCAACUUGCCACACGAAGUUCAUUAGAAAGUUUAUUAAAUUCGUUAAGAUCCACUAGUAUGAUAGAAAAUCCAAUCCAAUCCACUUCAUCAAAUGAAAUGGAAUAUGAAACUAGAAUUCAAUCCAAUCAACCGAUCAUGAAUCCAAAACAAAGAUGGAGUUUUCAAAUCUUAUCGAUUGGAAAAGCAAGAAAAAGUUUAAAUUGGAAACCAUAUGAAAAGAUUUUAAGAAGAUUACAUGGAUCGAUGUGGAGAGAAUGUUCAGAAGAGAUCAUCAAAGGAAACCAAAGCGAUGAAAACAUUCAAGAGAUUGUUAAUGGAUAUUUAAAAAAGUAUCCCAAGACUAUGAAAUCAGUUUUGGUUUAUGCAUUAGGUGAAAGAGGUAUCAAGAAUUUAAUGAUCAAGAGUGAAAGGAAAAAUCGUGUUGAUCAUCAAGAUGCUUGGUUAGAAUUGGCUAUUGAGGAUUUGGUACAUAGAGUGAUUGGUAGAACUAAAGAGAGGAUUAGAGGGAUUCGUAAUUCUAGGUUUGAGAUUGAUGAUCAUGAUGAUGAUGAAGUGAUUCAAGGAAUUAAUGAUUGA